AUGGAAGAAGAUGAAACUGUUGAAACUAUGUUUUCAAGGUUUCAAAUUCUUGUGUCUGGUCUGAAAGUUCUGGACAAAGGAUACUCCACUGCUGAUCAUGUAAAGAAAAUCAUCAGAAGCUUACCAAAGAAGUGGAGACCGAUGGUCACAACUUUGAAGCCUGCAAAAGAUCUGAAUGCUAUAUCUCUAGAAGAACUUAUCAUCUCCUUGAGGAUUCAUGGGAUAGAACUAGAAGAAGAUGAUCCCCAGAAAAAAGGUAAGUCUCUCGCUCUUAACUCUAAAAAUAAAUUUAAAACUAAUGCAUUUCAGGAAGAAGAAGAAAGCUCUGGAGGUUCCUCAUCAGAAGAAGAUGAACUAUCUCUCAUAUCCAAAAGAGUCCAACAACUCUGGAAACAUAAACAAAGGAAACCCAGAAACUAUAGAAGAUCUGAUGACUACUCUGAAUCAUCUUUUGGACACAGAAAGUCUAGAAACAGAGAAGUGAUAUGCUACGAAUGCAAUGAACCUGGUCACUACAAAAGCGAUUGCCCAAAACUACAAAAAGAAAAGCCAAAGAAAAACUUCAACAAAGAAAAGAAGAAAAGUAUGAUGGCUACAUGGGAUGACUCAGAAUCUUCUGAAGUAGAAUCAGAAGAUGAAUGUGCCAACAUUGCAUUGAUGGAAAACACAUUAAGUGAUACCAGCUCAUCAGAAUCUGAAUCAGAUUCAGAAGUAGAAGAGAUGUGCUUAACAGCAAAGUUGAAACACCAAUCAUGGUACCUGGACUCUGGAUGCUCUCGACACAUGAUGGGAAAAAAGCAUAUGUUCCAAAGUCUGGAUCUUAAAGCAGCAGAUCUCAGCGCGGAGAAAGCCAGGAGGAAUUCAACAUCAACUCUAAAUUUUCCUUCAGAAUGA